GUCACCCAACACAGAGAAAAACAAAAAAAACCAAUUCCUGAAUCAAUAUCUUCAUCACUGCUCCCAUAUACUUUUUUUUUUCUUCCGAAUUAUCAAUAGGAGUAAAGUUUUGUCAAAUUUUAAUUUCCAAAAGGGAAAACUAGAAAAUAACGACAAACAUGCGAGCAAUUGAAAAGAAUACUGGGGAUGGUGUUGGUUCUAUGUUUGUUCUUGUUCUCUCUUUAAAUCAAAAUCCCAAUCUUCUUCUUUUCUUCUUUUUAAUAUUUUCUGCUAUUUUAUUAAUUAUUGUUUGUUCCACAAAUCUUAUUCGCACAAAAACCUCAUCAUGUAUUCCAGAUAGACAAACAAGAGCGAGAAAGGCCAAGUUUGUUUUUUUAGACAUAGAAAAUUGUCAAAUGCAAAACCUAAUUUGGUUUUGGGAUUCCUUUUAGUCCUUCUUCUUCGAUUGAGAGUUCCUUUUUCUGGGUUUUUUGAUUUUUGAUUUGAAAGAAUAAGUCUUUUCAUCAAUUUGCCCAAUUUUUUUGGUGGGAGAGUUUGAUCAUUCAACAAUGGAGGCCGGCUCUGAGGGAGAGAGGAAGAAGCCUCCGGAAGGAGAAAGCAAGUCCAAGAGGAAAAUGAAAACUGCUUCUCAGUUGGAAAUUCUUGAGAAGACUUAUGCUGCUGAGCAAUACCCAUCCGAGGCCUCACGGGCGGAGCUAUCAGUGCAGUUGGGGCUGUCCGAUCGGCAACUGCAGAUGUGGUUCUGCCACAGGCGUUUGAAGGACAGGAAGGGUGUGCCUGUGAAGAAGCCAAGCAAGGAUUUUCCAUUGCCUCCAACCACACCAGGAGUGGGUGGGGAGGAGAUGGCUGCUGCUGAGGCGGGAAAUGAGCAUGCAUUGGGGUCUAGUUUGGUGACACAUUCCUUCAUAGAUUCCAGGCGAGUGGUUCCAAGGUCUGGAGUGGCUCUUGCUAGGAUUGGAGGUGAUGUGUCAUCAUUGAAGAGGUAUUAUGAACCUCAGCAGUCCAUAUCUGAGCUUCGAGCUAUUGCUUUUCUGGAAGGGCAGUUGGGAGAGCCGCUAAGGGAGGAUGGGCCAAUUCUAGGAAUGGAGUUUGAUCCUUUGCCACCGGGUGCAUUUGGCGCACCAAUAGGUAGUGCUGGGAUGGCAGCGGUAGGGGAGCAAAAGCAACCCGAACGGUCUUUUGAGGCUAAACUUUGUGACAGACCUGAUGCAAAAAUUAUUAAGGGUGCCCCUAGGCUUCUUCACGAAUAUCAGUUUCUUCCGGAGCAGCCAGCUGUUAGAAAUGACACAUAUGAAAGAGUUGGUCCAUCGGCGGCAUCCUACCAUUAUGGUUCCCCUGCCGACGGUUCUAAUGCACGGACUUUAUCUUUAUCUACAGGGCAUACAUUCCUGCAUGCCAACGAGCAAGUUCCUGCUGGACAUAGUUUUUCAGGUCAUGUUCCUGGUCUUAGUCUUUUCCCUCAACAAGGCAGGCCGGGUCAUCUCUUGACAUCUUCUUUUGAGGAACGUGACAAUAUUUUGCAAAAGAAAUCCUUUCCAAACAUUGACAUGGAUGUUCACUUGGGUGCUCAACCACUCACCACACUGGAUAAUCCGGUUGAAAAGAGGGUCACCCCUGAUGAUGAUUUUGCACGAGUGGAAAGGAGACACAAGAGUGAAAAGGCAAGAAUAUUGCGUGAAGUUGAAGCCCACGAGAAAAGGAUUCGAAAAGAGCUUGAAAAACAAGAUAUUCUGAGGCGUAAGAGAGAGGAGCAAAUGAGGAAAGAAAUGGAGAGGCAUGACCGUGAAAGGCGGAAAGAAGAGGAGAGGUUGCUGCGGGAAAAGCAGCGAGAGGAGGAGAGAUACCUGAGGGAGCAAAGGCGUGAACUGGACCGAAGGGAGAAGUACUUGCAGAAGGCAUCGAUUAGAGCCGAGAAAAUGAGGCAAAAAGAAGAAUUACUGAGAGAAAAGGAGGCAGCUAGGCAGAAAGCUGCUACUGAGAGAGCAGUCGCUCGAAGAAUGGCUAAAGAAUCGAUGGAACUCAUGGAUGAUGAACGUUUGGAACUCAUGGAACUAGCUGCCUCAAGCAAGGGUUUGCCCUCAAUGCUCUCUCUCGACUUUGAAACCCUGCAAAACCUUGAUGUAUUUAGAGAAGAACUGACUGCAUUCCCACCCAAAUCCGUGCGAUUGAAGCGGCCUUUUUCUAUUAAACCUUGGAAUGAUUCUGAGAAGAACAUAGGCAAUCUUCUUAUGGUUUGGAAAUUCCUAAUUAAUUUUGCGGAUGUUCUUGGUCUUUGGCCCUUCACUCUGGAUGAGUUUAUCCAAGCUUUUCAUGAUUAUGACCCAAGGUUGUUGGGUGAGGUGCAUGUCUCUCUUCUUAGGUCCAUCGUUAAGGAUAUUGAAGAUGUUGCGAGGAUACCUGCCACCAAGUUAGGUGUGAAUCAAACUAGUGCUGCAAAUCCUGGAGGUGGCCAUCCACAGAUUGUUGAAGGCGCAUACACGUGGGGUUUUAGUAUUCGGAGCUGGCAGCGGCACUUGAAUCCAUUGACAUGGCCUGAAAUCUUGCGGCAAUUCGCUCUAUCUGCAGGAUUUGGACCACAAUUGAAACAAAGGGUGAUUGAACCAGCAUAUCUUCGUGAUGAUAAUGAGGAUAAUGAUGGUGAAGAUAUAAUUUCAAAUUUACGCAGUGGAGCAGCUGUUGAAAAUGCUGUUGCCAUAAUGCAAGAAAGGGGUUUCUCUAAUCCUCGCAGAUCCAGGCAUUGCUUGACACCUGGAACUGUUAAGUUUGCAGCAUUUCACGUUCUUUCUUUUGAGGGAAGCAAGGGUCUAACAAUAAUGGAAGUUGCAGAGAAGAUCCAGAAAUCUGGACUGAGGGAUCUGACGACGAGCAAGACACCUGAAGCUUCUAUUGCUGCUGCUUUGUCUAGAGAUACAAAGCUUUUUGAGAGAACAGCUCCUUCAACUUAUUGCGUACGUCCAGCCUAUAGAAAGGACCCGACUGAUGCUGAGGCUAUACUUUCUGCAGCUAGGGAAAGAAUACGGAUAUUUAAAAGCGGAUUUGUAGAUGGUGUAGAUGAUGCUGAAAGAGAUGAAGAUUCUGAAAGUGAUAUAGUGAAGGAUCCUGAUGUUGAUGAUCUGAAUUCUGAUGUAAAAUCCAAGGAAGAUGCUCUCUUUUCUCAAGAAACAAAUAAAUUUAGAUCGAAAGUUCCGUUAGUAAAUGGUAAGAAGUCUGAUACGCUUGUUCAAACUCCAGAGAGUGUUCCUAGGGAUUUCAGCGAGGGCUUGCCUCUUGCACAUUCUGAAAACUUGGAUGAAGUAAAAGGUCUUGGUGCUGCUGGUGAUCAAUCUACAGAUGUUGCUGCAGUCUCAAACGAUGUAACUAACCUUGAUCAAGAAGACAUGGAUACUGAUGACAGCAGUUUUGGUGAGCCAUGGGUUCAAGGACUUCUAGAGGGGGAGUACUCUAGCCUCUGUGUUGAGGAGCGCGUUAAUGCGCUUGUUGCAUUAAUUGAUGUGGCAAUUGAAGGAAACUCAAUUCGAGUUGCUCUUGAGGAACGGUUAGAAGCAGCAAAUGCUCUAAAGAAACAAAUGUGGGCAGAGGCUCAACUGGAUAAGCGUCAUAUGAAAGAAGAGUGUGUAGUGAAGACGCAUUAUUUGACAGGUACAGGGAACAAAACGGAGCCCAAUUCUGGAUCCUUGGUUGAGGUGAGGCAAAGCCCAUUGGUCACGAUUGGUGAAAAAACUAAUGAGAUGUUCACAGGCACUGCUUUCCCUCAAGAUCGAUUAAGCGAGCCACGGAAUGAAAUGAACUUCAACAUCAUGCCAUCUGAAGGGAAUAUGCAAGUGCAAGGUUUUUCAAAUGCUCUGGCUAGCCCCCAAUAUCAGCAAUUUCAUACUGCUGAAAAUUCGCGCUCACAGCUAAAAUCUCUCAUCGGUCACAAGGCAGAGGAAAUGUAUGUGUAUCGAUCACUGCCCCUUGGUCAGGAUCGCAGACGUAAUCGAUAUUGGCGGUUUAUAACAUCUUCUUCUUCUAAUGAUCCUGGAUGUGGCAGAAUAUUUGUUGAAUUAGAUGAUGGUCGUUGGAGAAUUAUUGAUUGUGAAGAGGAUUUUGAUACUCUUCUGGCAUCUUUGGAUGUGCGUGGGAUUCAAGAAUCCCAUUUGCACGCUAUGUUACAAAAGAUAGAGACAUCCUUCAAAGAAACUGUUAGAAGAAACCUGAUUCUUGCUAAGAGAGACAGUAUGGUUGACGACACAUGCAAAACUGAAGGUGUCGAAAGUUCUGUUGGCCCUGAUUAUUGUGCUACUAUUGAUAGUCCUCGCAGUACUGUUUUUGUUGCAGAUCCUGACGUAUCAGAGACCUCAACAUCUUUUGCAAUUGAGAUUGGGAGGAAUGAAAAUGAGAGAAGUCAUGCCUUGAAGGAAUAUCGAGAUUUUGAGGAGUGGAUGUGGAAAGAAUGUUAUCUCUCACCAUUAUUAUGUGCAAUUAAGUAUGGGAAUAAGAGGUGUCUGCCGUUGCUGACUGUUUGUGAACACUGCCAUCAAAUAUAUUGUUCUGAAGACAGCUGUUGUCCCUCUUGCUAUAGGACCAAUGGUACUUGCCGGAGUGACGUGAAUUUUUCUGAGCAUAUGGCUCUAUUUGAAGAGCAAUUGAAGGCAGAUUCUUCUUGUAGUUCACAGGGUUCAGUUUCUUCUCCCCCUAGAAUAAGAUUGCUCAAAUUGCUAAUAUCUUUGAUUGAGGUUUCCAUACUGCCAGAAGCCCUACGACCUGUUUGGACUGCUGGCUAUCGAAAAUCUUGGUGUAUGAAACUGUAUUCCGCUGCAUCAGCUGAAGAGCUUUUUCAGGUUCUGACAUUGUUAGAAAGAGCUGUAAAGGGGAAUUAUUUAUCUUCAAAUUUUGAAACCACCAGAGAAUUGUUGGAUUCAUCUGAGCUGUUGGAUUCUGCACCUAGUUACUCUUCCUUUCCUGAAGCAGUUACUGUGCUUCCUUGGUUACCACAAACUACAGCGGCUGUGGCUCUUAGAGUCAUGGAAUUUGAUUCAUCCAUAUCUUACUUGUUGCAUCACAAGGCGGAGUCUCAAAAUGAUGAGGGGCUCAUGCCUUCAUCCAAAUUCGCUGUGGUGAAGAACACCCAGGAUGAUGGAACAACUGAACCACCACAUUCAGCUGGAUUAUUGCAAGAGGGGAACUGGAUUGAUGUGGCAGUCGGGUUCGCUGGUUCUGGUCGUGGACGAGGGGGGCGUGGUCGGGGCCGAGGACGUCCUACUGGCGAGAAUUCUCAAAGAAAUGUCCUUAGUUCAAGAUUGCAGUCUGCCAAGAGAAGCAAAGCUGCAAACAGCGGGACAUUAGGGCUGAUGCUUGGAUGGAAAGGUGGAUCCCGUGGAAGAGGAGGACGUAAACGUGGGCAUCGCAGCAUUAGAAGUAAGCAAAAACAAGUGAAGAGGGUGGUUGCGGCUGCUGAUGAGAAUGAUGCUCCACAAGAGGUCAUGUUUGAGAAAUUAGAACCGGGCUUUAUAAUGGAUGAAUGGAAUGGAACCGAGUCAAGCAGGUUACUAGUGGAGGAUGGGGCAGAUGGCAGUUCCUCAGGGAGAUCUGAAUAUGAUGAUCAAAAUGGCCAAGCAAUUGGAGAUGAAUAUAACUAUCUGGCAGUGAAUGACUACACUGCUGGUCGUUCUAACGGCAAGUCAGAUGACUUACCGGAAGGAAGUGAGUAUAACAUGGAUGAAGAUGACAACAAUGAAGGGCUUGAUGAUGUGGAAGAUGAACAAGAGGACCUGGAUGCUGGCAGGUACAUUAAUGUGGAUACAGAUGAUGGACCUGUUUGGGAUAAUGGAGAGCAGAACAGAGAUCUGGACUAUCUGGGAUCAACAUCCUCAGAUUUUAGCCAGUAGGAUACACCAUUAGCGGCUUAGCGCAUAGAAUUGUUGAUAUAUAUGGAAUCUCAUAGUUAUUCGGAUUCUUUUUGUUUGAUGGGUGCCCUGCACCAUCAAGCUUAGCAUACUUGAGAGGGUCUUAAAUGUGCAUAUCUUCUCAUAAUUUGUUCACUAAGAUUGUGGUCUACCCUUUUUGACAUUCACAGAGCAUCAAAAGGUGGUCUUAUAUGGCUCA